CUGGGUCUGACAAUGGCAGACAAAGAUGUAUUGUCCCAUCCUGACUUGGAUAAGGUGGCUGGUGAGGAAUUCCUGCAGGAAGCGUUCCAGAUUAUGAUGGAGGAAGGCGUCAGGAAAGGGAUGGAUGUCUCUGAAAAGGUAUGUGACUGGAAGGAACCUGGGAAGCUGCAGCAAAUUCUGGACCUGGAUCUGAAAGACAGUGGGGAGCCACAGGAGCGAUUGUUGGAGCGGUGUCGAGAAGUUAUCAGAUAUAGUGUGAAAACAUGUCAUCCUCGCUUUUUUAACCAGUUGUUUUCAGGGCUUGAUCCUCAUGCCCUGGCUGGGCAGCUGAUCACAGAUAUGCUCAAUACCAGCCAGUAUACGUACGAGAUUGCCCCUGUGUUUGUGUUGAUGGAAGAGGUGGUGCUGAAGCAGUUGAGGAAGCUGAUUGGAUGGGAGGAUGGAGAUGGGAUUUUCUGCCCAGGGGGUUCCAUCUCCAAUAUAUAUGCCAUGAAUGUGGCACGUUACCACCGCUUCCCAGACUGCAAGGAGAAGGGCAACUGGCAAAUGCCCAGGCUGGCAGCGUUCACUUCAGUACAGUGCCACUACUCCAUCCAGAAGGGAGCAGCUUUCUUGGGGAUCGGCACAGACAACGUUUACCUGGUUGCGGUUGAUGAAAAGGGGAAAAUGAUCCCUGCUGAUCUGGAGAAGCAAAUCAACCAGGCCAAAUCUGAGAGGGCAGUGCCCUUCUUUGUCAAUGCCACCUGUGGCACCACUGUCUUGGGGGCCUUCGAUCCUGUGGCUGAGAUAGCAGAAGUAUGCUCACGGCACAAGGUCUGGCUGCAUGUAGAUGCCGCAUGGGGUGGCAGCGCCCUACUCUCCCGGAAACACCGGCACCUUUUGGAUGGAAUUAACAGGGCUGACUCUGUGGCUUGGAACCCCCACAAGAUGCUUAUGACUGGGCUGCAGUGCUCUGCCUUCCUGCUCAGGGACAGCUCUAGCCUGCUGCAGAGGUGCCACUGUGCCAAAGCUACCUACCUCUUCCAGACUGACAAGUUCUACGACAUGUCUUACGACCGGGGGGACAAAACUAUCCAAUGCGGAAGGAAAGUAGACUGCCUCAAGCUGUGGUUGAUGUGGAAGGCAAAUGGCACCAGGGGCUUGGAGCAGAGAGUGGAGAGGGCUUUUGCCUUCACUAGAUAUCUGGCUGAUGAGAUUAAGAAGAGAGAAGGUUUUCAGCUGGUGCAAGAGCCAGAGUUUAUCAAUCUAUGUUUUUGGUUUGUGCCUCCCAGCCUACGGGGAAAGGAGGGAUCUACUGAUUACUAUCUCAGACUGGGGAAGGUGGCUCCUACUAUUAAGGAACGGAUGAUGAAGAAAGGGUCCAUGAUGGUGAGCUACCAGCCGCUUGGCAACAAGGUCAACGUUUUCCGCCAGGUGGUCACCAACCCGGCAGUCACCAGAGCAGACUUGGACUUCUUCCUAGACGAGAUCGAAAGGCUUGGCCAGGACCUGUAGCCACUGUGCCCUGCCUGUUUUCAUUUCUCCCCCUCAGCCUGCUUGUAGAAACUUCUAGAAUG